ACAAAUUACCCGGUCACUUGUAGCUUUCCACCCCUUAGAAAACAAAUUUCAACUCCCCAGUCGUCUGUAGUUGCUUGCUUUCAGGAUUUUGAUUGGCAAUCACGUUCUCUCAAAGUCAUGAGUCAUUUCAUGGAAAAUUCAUACUUGAGGUUCUUUUCUCUUUCGUCCUGUAUCCGAAUCCUCGGUACGCUUAAGUUGUUUUGCUGCUAUCAUACAACUCUUCGCUCGUCUCCCACUUCUCACUCUAAGGUUUCUUCACAUUGAUGGUUGGUGAUCAUGUCUGAGUCCCCUGCAAAUGAACCUGAGUUGGAGAAUGAGAUCAUUCUUUCUACCUUAAAAGAAUCACAAGACAUUCCAGACAGCCAUAAAGAUGCCUCGUUGGUCACACAUGCUCCUACUUUGGACUCCCAACAUGAUCACUACUCUGAUCCCACGCUCAAGUACAUUAGCCAGAUGCUACUGGAGGAUAGUAAUAUUGAUGAGAAUAAUAAUCCCAGCUUGUAUUAUGACCCUAUUUCCCUUAGAGCUGCUGAGGAUUUCUUUUAUGAAGCCUUCCAUCAAAACCCGUCAUCACCUUAUCAAGAACCUCUUUUUGUUAACAGUAAAUCUGGAAGCCGGGACAGCACAUUUGGGAGCUCCAGUAGUUGUCACCCCGGACUAUCUAAAUCAUAUGUGGAGAGGUCAAAUGGUUCUUCAUUUCGCUUGAAUAGUAUUAUGAAUACCCAAAUGGACUCUUUGAACACUGUUAAGUUGGGUCCAAAUGUAUAUAGUGAUACUGAGUCUACCUUGCAGUUUAAGAGAGGUAUAGAGGAAGCAAGUAGAUUUCUUCCUUCCGAAGAUCAGCUGCUUCUCAGUACAGAUAAGGGGCAUUCGGCCGACACCUCUAGAGGAAAGAAGCAUCAACAUUCUGGUGAUGUCGGGUUACAGGAAGAAAGGCGCACUAAGCAGUCUACAAUUUAUGAGGAGGAGGAGGUUGAGUUAGCAGAGGUGUUUGAUAAGGUUUUGCUGUUUAGCAAUAACAAGGAACCUCCAUCUGUAUUCGGAAAGGGCACCCAACAGAAAGGACGAGGUCGUGGGAAGGGUUAUGCAAAGAAACCAGGAAAGACUUGUGAAAAUGUGGAUCUGCCGUCUCUUUUAAUCAGCUGUGCACAAUCUAUUGCUGAUGUUGAACAUGUGAUUGCGAAAGAAAAGCUAAUGAAGAUUAGGAUGCACUCUUCGCCAACCGGUGAUGCAAAUCAAAGGCUGGGUCAUGCAUUUGCAAAUGCUCUUGAGGCACGGUUGGAUGGAACUGGGCCACAACUAUAUGCAGCACUAUCUUCGAAUACGAUAUCAGCUUCUAGAAUGAUAUCAGCCUAUCGCACCUGCUUUAAAGCUUGGCCGUUCAUGAGUACAUCGUUUUUCCUUGCAAAUACAAUGAUUUAUGAAGUUGCAUUGGAAAGUAAAUCGCUUCACAUCAUAGAUUUUGGUAUUAUUUAUGGUUUCCAGUGGCCCAUCCUUAUUCAGAAACUAUCACUAAGACCUGGUGGACCUCCUAAACUUCGAAUAACUGCAAUUCAGCUUCCCCAACCUGGUUUUCGUCCUGAAGAAAUGGUAAAAACGACUGGUUGUCUUUUGACAAAAUGUUGUGAACGUUUUGGUGUACCAUUUGAGUACAAUGCCAUAACAACUCAAAAUUGGGAGACAGUUAAACUUGAGGAUUUAAAGCUUGUGACUAGUGAGAUUGUUGCUAUUAACUGUUUGUAUCAAUUCGAAAACCUACUUGAUGAGACAGUAGCUGCUGCAGAUACUCCGGUUUUCCCUAAGGAUGCAGUUCUAAACUUAAUCCGUGAAACGAAUCCUAAAAUAUAUGUGCAAUCAUUGCUAAGUGGAGCCCACAGCUCUGCUUUCUUUAUAAAUCGGUUCCGAGAAGCUCUCUUCUUCUACACUGCACUCUUUGAUAUGUGUGAUGGUACGUUACCUUGCGAUGAUCCUGACAGGUUGAGUUUUGAAGAAGCCCGGGGAUGUGAAAUAAUGAGUAUCUUAGCAUGUGAAGGCAAUGAAAGAUUACAUAGGCCUGAAACAUACAAGCAGUGGCAUUUGCGUAACUUGAGAGCUGGGUUAAAGCCUAUGCCCAUAAGACCCGAGCUUGCGGAGGAGAUGAGAGACAAGGCAAAGGCCGGAUUUCACAAUAAGUUUCUGUUUUUAGAAGACGGUCAUUGGAUACUACAGGGGUGGAAAGGUAGGGUGUUUAGUGCUAGCUCUUGCUGGACAUCUGCAUAAUAAGAAACUAAGAAGCUAUAAUAGCAUUGAAGCUGUUUGAAGGUAGCACAUUUGCAUUUUUUAUACUUAUUGAAAACUUUUUGUACGAUAUUGUGGUGCAACAUGUCAAGGCGGUAACUUUUACUUUGAAAGUACAUGUUUUUCAUGGUUGUUCUUGGCAUUCUUUAACAUGAAACCUUGGCAUCUAGGGCUUUCUGGUUCACACUUGAGACCUAUACAAACUUUGAUUUGCCAAAAACGAGGUUGUUGAGGAAUCUUCAAGACUAUAAUCAUCUUUGUAACUUUGUUCAUUUUUUUGUGCUAUAACAUUAUAGAAAAAUAGCGGUUGAAACAAAUCUUUUAUUUUGUUUGCAAGUAGCUAAAAAGUACGGACUACGG